AUGGAUGAGUUUGCUAAAUCAUCCGGCUUAUUCGACCACUACAAGGCACUACAACUUCUUAAACUCUCUCCCGGUGCUGACUUUGACGGCCAUCUCAGUCGGUUCACUACCCUUAUCCGUGCCAUACAGAGAGAGAAGGGCUCCAUUGAUGACCGCGAGACCGCCGCCCACUGGUACAACAGUUUGGAUGAGCGAGGCCAAGAUGACAUAGAUCGGGCCCCUGCCCAAGACGUUAAGACCUUCGUCCAGAUGCGUGAGAGAUCUCGAGGCUUCUACCGAUCACUCAAGAAGACGUGGAAGGCUAACGCUGCUGGGAAGUCAAUCACCACUAAUGUUGCUACUGCUGCGGGUCCGGCGACUACAACUCAGGCUCAUCAACCUCUUCCUACACAACCGGCCUCAACUCGUCCAAAGCCUUCUACAUUUUGGGACACUACAGCCCAACGCCCUGCCGAUGGUGUGACAGACGGGUCUAUAUUCAACCUCGACUUCAUACGGAAGUUCCGGUGUCAACGUUGUCUCUGCCACGACCACAGUACUGGCUCUUGCAAACAAUCUAAGAUGGCCUUCGAAUCCCUCCGUUGUGCUCGAUGCGGGACUCAUCAUGAUCCCGUACGGUUCCCAGAAGCUCACUGCCGAGACAGCAAUUGCUACCGCUGUGGGAAGCGAGGUCAUAUGAGUCGUGCUUGUCCCGAGCCACUACCUCAGAAACCCGAUACCACCCCUUCAAGCUCUACUGGUACCGAAGGGGCCAAGAUUCAGGCUAAUGUAGUCCAGAUCACUGACUCCGAUGGGUCUGGAUUACCCAUGAUAAAAUUAGCCAUCUCAUCACCUGACUACGACUCGCCCAAGCCCGAAGGUCGUGUAGCUACUAACGCUCUACUGGAUUCUGGUGCUGAACAACCGCUAUGUGCCGAAGAUGAGUAUAAUCGAUGGUGUGAUGCUGGUCUCGUCCUCCCACUAGUCCCUGAUCCACGGACCAUCAUCUUCGGUAACCCCUCACACCAAUCAUCGACUCUCGGUAGAGCUAGU